GUAUCACUGUCGAACUGUUGAACUCAAGCGAUGACCUGGCGAAGGUCGGAUCUGACAUUAUACUGGAGUUUGGUUUUGAUGGAAAUGUUAUAUGGAAAGUCAAAUUAUCAUCGCCCAACGUGACACUUGAAGCACAAGACGCAAAUGCAAAGGACCAGCAAACCUGGAGCACUGAUGAAAGGUCCAGCUU